AUGCUUGACAUCUCUUCUAAUUGUUAUGUUAAAAUGGGUCUCAUUUUAGCCGCUAUAGUCGGACUUCUGAUCACAUUUUUCAUUUGUACUGUGAGGUUAUUUCUUGUUCUUCGGAAGGAUGCGGAACACAAACCAGGAAAGAAGGGUGCCGUCAGUGUGCUUGUGGUUGCAGGAUCGGGAGGACACACAACUGAAAUUCUCAGAUUGAUGGAGUCUCUUUCCCGGUCCUACUCUCCAAGACAUUAUGUCAUCGCUGACACAGACAAAAUGAGUGAAGAUAAAAUCCGCACCCUUGAAAAUUCUCACAAAGAAAAAGACACAACACGACAGUUUACUAUUCAGCGAAUCCCUAGAAGCCGAGAGGUCCAACAGUCCUGGAGGUCUUCGGUGCUGACAACUUUAUAUUCACUGCUCUACUCUGUGCCUCUAGUCUUUAAGCUGAAGCCAGAUUUGGUUUUGUGCAAUGGACCCGGGACCUGUGUCCCAGUGUGUGCAUCUGCCCUCCUUCUAGGAAUCUUGGGAGUCAAGAAAGUGCUGAUCAUCUACGUAGAGAGCAUCUGUCGGGUGGAAACGCUUUCCCUCUCUGGAAAGUUACUGUACCAUUUGUCAGAUUAUUUUUUUGUACAGUGGUCAGCCCUAAAGGAAAAGUAUCCCAAAUCCACUUAUCUUGGCAGAAUAGUAUAAACACACAACAACACAAGUGACCAUCAUAACAUGAAUGUAAACAUUUGCAGAUCAGGUCCGUUCUGGUACAGUGGACUUAAUCUCAACUUUCCUCUCAAGAAAGUGCUAUAAUUUCUGAAUACUGGAAUUUUAUACAAACAACCAAAUGAUCUAUUUAUAAUGAAAAACCAUGGUCAAUAUGUUGUUUUCCAGUAGGAAGUCUUCAGUAAUUACAGUACCUGUAUUCUAGAAGCUUAGUCACAAAAAGUGAAAUGAAAUGUGAUAUUCAUUCCUGUUGGCAGAAAACAUUAACUGUUCCUGUCUUUUUUUUCAUAAAAACUGAUAUAUUUUUAAUAACUAAAAUUAUAAAAAAUAAAGUAAAGGUAGGGUAGGGAAGUGUUAUGCAUAGUGGGGCAUAACUUCAUGUGUACCUAAUUGCAGGUAUUGAUGGGUUCAGAUUGAUGAAAAAUAUUCAAAUGCACCACGUGGACCAGUAAAAUUGCACGAAGCUGCUUAAACACUUCAAAUGCUUCAUUUUCUCAAUCAAAAAGCUUGUGCUUUGUAUUGCUGGUAGUCCAAAAAAUAUUUAUCUCUUGUACAUUACAUUGCAAUUCAAUACAACAAACAGUUACACAGCUCCUUGUAUAUCAGAUAUCCCAAUGCACUUUAUUUAACCCGUAACAACCAUUUGUGUUACAGAGUAGUUGUCUGUACAAAUCGACUACAAUUAAAUGCCCCUGCUAAUUGAUACUUUUGUAUUAUAUCUUAUGCUGAUUAUAACUCUGGCUACUAAGCUUGUGGUCUUAUUCACAUCAUCAUUCCUUAGUAAAAGAUUUCUCUGUUUCAGUUCCUCCCUCCCCCUCCUCCACCAGUAUCUGUAAAUGGUAUCUCAGGGUGGGGUGGAGUUGGGGGUGUUGUCUUUGUCUGGGUCAGCAUCAUCUCCCCUGGGACACAGCUGUUAGUUUUAGACAUUCUAAUCACUGCGGUGUAAAAUACUGUGCAAGCAAUACCCAUAGCUGCAUGUUCUGCUGUUCUACACCUGACUUUGCUUACACAAGAAGAAUUCCUCCAUGUAACCAAUAUGUUUUUAUUUGAAUGAAAAAAUAAAUAAAGUCCAGUACAUUUGUAUUUAGUGUAACCCAUUUAAAAUAGUUUUUGAAAGGUGCGGUACAAUGACAAUCUGGAAGGGGUAAUGUGAGCUUCUCCACAAAGCUUCUUGACCUGAACUACCAGCAGUGCCUUUCUGUUCUUAAGCUCAACUUUCAAAGGUGCAUUAAUGCACUGCACCACCUAGCUCCCUUCCAGAUGAUUUUUUUAAAAUAUCCCCAAAAGGAGAAGGUGCAGUUUUGUAGUGGCACAGUAUGGAAAUGCUUCAGCGGUCAAGAAAUGCCAUGGUCACGUACAAAACAUCUGCAGACGCUGUAGCAUUGUCAUACACAAAUCAGAUGGAAACUUGGCGUUUUAAAUCCUGCUCUGCAGCCUCAAAGCAGUGUGCGUGUUAUUGUUGGCAGCUUGUUAAAGUCAUUAAGUCGACUUGAGUGGGAUGGAAAGUUGCAGACUUGUAGUGGCCGUGUUCCAAGAUGAAGGUAGUGAUACUGCUGUGGCUUUUGGGAAGCCUUUGUUUAGGUCUGAAUGACUACUUUGCUGUUCACUCACUGGCAGCAGUGUGGAGUAGUGGUUAGGGCUCUGGACUUUUGACCAGAGGGUUGUGGGUUCAGUCCCUGGUGGGGGACACUGCUGCUGUACCGUUGAGCAAGGUACUUUACCUAGAUUGCUCCAGUAAAAACCCAACUGUAUAAAUGGGUAAUUGUAUGUAAAAAAAAAAUAAUAAUGUGAUAUCUUGUAACAAUUGUAAGUUGACCUGGAUAAGGGUGUCUGCUAAGAAAUAAAUAAUAAUAUAGAAAAGUAAGUAUUUCGUUUUUAUUUAUUGCAGAAGUUAUCCUUAAAUUCUAUAAAUAUACAAAUGACCCCAAUAGGGUAAAUGGACCCCAAAUGAGGACAGGGCAUCUCUUCUUUGAUUUACCAGCUGUCAGUUGCAAGGCAACAAAAGUUAUGCACAACGCUGCUGUGUAAACUACCG